AUGUUAGAAGAGCUUCAUAAUGGUCAUUUAGGAAUAGUUAAAACCAAAGGCAUAGCGCGCGGUAAGAUGUGGUGGCCGGGAAUCGACUCUGCUAUCGAGCGAUUAGUGUCGAGCUGUAGCGCGUGCAGCGCUGUGCGGCCCGAACCGCCGCGCGCGCCCCCCGCACCCUGGCCUUGCGCGGCAGCCGCCUGGGAGCGCGUGCACAUAGACUACAUGCAACUCGGACACCGCACGUAUCUCGUUGUUGUAGACAGUUAUAGUAAAUGGCUCGAAUGUCUCCACAUGUCCAGCACUAUGUCCACUAAAAUGUUAAUACAAAAACUUAAAUAUUUGUUCUGUACUUUUGGUUUACCUAAGUUAUUAGUUUCUGACAACGACCCAAAAAUAUGUAAUGCGGAAUUUCGAUUUUUUUGUAAAGUUAAUGGUAUUAAAUAUAUGACGUCUCCUAUUUAUCACCCCUGUAGUAAUGGCCAAGCCGAAAAUUCCGUACGCACUUGUAAGAAAAUGCUUAAAUGUAUCCUCAGUAAUAAUUUAAAUGUAAGCAAUGAACGAAUGAAUGAAUUGUUGUUAAGAUGUCUAUUCGAAUAUCGCAGCAGCAUUCACAGUAGCACCGGUGAAACACCCUCAAAAUUAAUGUUUGGUCGUGAACCGCGAACGCGAUUAGAUUUAAUUUUACCGCCUACGAAUACAGACAUGCAAACAUCUUGUGAUAGUAGUGUAAGGCGGUUUAAUAUUGGUGAAAAGGUUUGGGCGCGUUGUUAUACGUCCCGUAAACCAUUUUGGUCCCAAGCUACAAUUGUAAGUAGAGAAGGUAACAGAAUGUAUACGGUUUCAGUUGCUGGUCAAGGUGUUUGCAAGCGACACAUAGACCAACUGCUGCGAUAUACGGAAAGAUACAAGACACCUGAAACUGCGAAUGACGUAUGUUGUGCAUCAACAUUUCAACCGCAGUAUCCGACUGCCAUCUCCCCUGCACCUCCUCCCGUUGGUAUGCCGGGUAGUAUAAAUAACGCUCCGCUAGUCAAUACAGCAUCUAUGAACACGCAUUCUAACGCCGAGACAUCUCCACAGGAAGGCAGUGAGCCAACUUUAAUGCUAGAUGAGGAUAGAGGAGAGGCGGUGGUGGCAGAUCGGCAGAGUGUCUCGGUGGAGGGGAUUGUCGAUCGACAGAAUGGCGGGGAACAAUCAGAGUCUGCUUCUGUUGCACCUAAGCCCGGUCCUUCCGCGCCACAGCGAUACCGAACAAAGCAUCCCUCGCUGCCGUUAUAA